UUAGAGAAUGAGUUCUUCAAUUCUCCCCCCGAGAAAAAACUGUUCGGUUUGGUGGAACUGUGGACAGAAGUCUUACUGAAAUACAAAAAGGGUGAAACAAAUGACUUAGAGUUGUUGAAGAACCAGCUGUCUGAUCCUGAUAUAAAGGAUGACCAGAUCAUCAACUGGCUACUGGAAUUUCGUUCCUCUGUCAUGUACUUGACAAAAGACUUUGAGCAACUUAUAAACCUCAUAUUGAGAUUGCCCUGGUUGAAUAGAAGCCAGACAGUGGUGGAGGAGUAUUUGGCCUUCCUUGGGAAUCUUGUGUCUGCACAGACUGUCUUCCUUAGACCAUGUCUCAGCAUGAUUGCAUCUCAUUUUGUACCUCCUCGAGUAAUUGUCAAGGAAGGUGGUGUAGAUGUUUCAGAUUCUGAAGAUGAAGAUGACAAUCUUCCUGCAAAUUUUGACACAUGUCACAGAGCCUUGCAAAUAAUAACAAGAUAUGUCCCAUCGACACCAUGGUUUUUAAUGCCUAUACUGGUAGACAAGUUUCCAUUUGUGAGGAAAUCAGAAAGAACACUGGAAUGUUAUGUUCAUAACUUAUUAAGGAUAAGUUUAUAUUUCCCAACUUUGAGGCGUGAAAUUCUGGAGCUGAUUAUUGAAAAGUUACUCAAGUUAGAUGUGAGUGUAUCGAGGCAGGAUAUUGAAGGUGCUGAAGAGGCAGCGGCUCAGACUGGAGGUGGGACAGAUGCCACAGAAGGCCUCUUUAAUAUGGAUGAAGAUGAGGAGACUGACCCUGAGAAGAAAGCUGACCAGGAGCGGCCUAGCCAGAUGGCUCAUCCCACCGCAGAGCGCCUGGACAUCCUGCUCUCUUUGCUGCUGUCCUACAUUGAGGAUGUCUGCCGUGUGCAUGGUAAAAUUGAUAACAAUAAAACAAAGGAUUUAUACCGUGAUCUGAUAUCCAUCUUUGACAAACUUGUGUUGCCAACACAUGCCUCCUGCCAUGUACAGUUCUUCAUGUUUUUCCUUUGCAGCUUCAAAUUGGGAUUUGCAGAAGCAUUUUUGGAACAUCUCUGGAAAAAGUUGCAGGAUCCAAAUAACCCUGCUAUCAUCAGGCAAGCUGCUGCAAAUUACAUUGGAAGCUUUUUGGCCAGAGCUAAAUUUAUUCCUCUUAUCACUGUAAAGACAUGCCUGGAUCUUUUGGUUAACUGGCUGCACAUGUACCUUAAUAACCAGGAUUCGGGGACCAAGGCUUUUUGUGACAUUGCACUCCAUGGACCAUUUUAUUCAGCCUGCCAAGCUGUGUUCUACACUUUUGUUUUUAGACACAAGCAGCUUUUGAGUGGAAACUUGAAGGAAGGUCUGCAGUAUCUUCAGAGUCUCAAUUUUGAGCGCAUUGUGCUGAGCCAGCUGAACCCGCUGAAGACCUGCCUGCCGUCAGUGGUUGAUUUCUUCGCUGCUGUCACAAAUAAAUACCAGCUUGUGUUCUGCUACACCAUCAUGGAGAGGAACAGUCGCCAGAUGCUCCCCGUUAUUCGAAGUACAGCUGGUGGAGACUCUGUGCAGACAUGCACCAACCCACUGGACACUUUCUUUCCCUUUGACCCUUGUGUGCUUAAAAGGUCAAAGAAGUUCAUUGAUCCCAUUUAUCAGAUUUGGGAAGACAUGAGUACUGAAGAGCUGCAGGAGUUUAAGAAAUCCACUAAAAAGGAGCUGGUGGACGAUGAAGACGAUGACUUUUUGAAAGGCGAAGUGCCCCAGAGUGACACAGUGACCGGCCUUACUCCGAGCUCCUUUGACACCCACUUCCGAAGUCCUUCCAGUAGUGUGGGCUCCCCUCCUGUGCUGUACAUAGCAGACCAGUCUCCAUGCCUCUCCAGGAUCUGUGACUGAGCUGUGCUGCUCUCCCCAGCGCCUGCCCUCCUCCACUGACCCUACAUUGGACUAGUCUAUGCCUCAUGUGUCAGUUUCCAUGUUGAGCUUUGGCCAGCAUCUGAAGGGACGCAGGUUGUGUGUUUGCAGUUGUCCCCUGUGGACAUAAGGAAACUGAGUGUCAUGUGUGAUAUUUCACGGUGGACAUGGCAGUCGGCACCUGUAGCCUCUAACUGCUGGCUGCGUGCUACGUCAGCCACAGCCUGGCGGGUGACCUGACAGGGGUCCUUUAUCAGGACCACAGUCACAUGACUUUGUUGGUCUUGUUUGGUGAGAUGUCUUCUAAGAUCAGCACUGCCUGUGAAUACUUUUAACUGUAUCCUGCUCACAGUAGUGUAAUGGUUUCCUUCUGACUGGAGGUCUGUUUGUGUUGUCCAGUGCAUGGGAGAUGCUGGGCAGAGGUGAAACUGAACAUUUGUGCUGGCUUCACGGAGGGGACAUUAAGGACUGCAGAGAAGCCAGGUGGGAAGAGAAGAUUCAGAGAGACACAAAAGGACUUGUGCAGGAUUCCAUAUAAACCCAGCUGCAGCAGCUGCAGCUCAGGUGGCCUGAAGCAGGCCUGGGUGUUUGCCAACCAUCCCACAGCUUACACAAGAGGGGUUCAGCCAGGAGAGCUGCUGUUAUAGGAAACAGCUAACCCUGCUCUGUAGCAGGGCUGUGUGAGGAUUGUGGAGGUUGGCUUCCCUUGAUCCUUACAUGUAAACUUACGUAUUUGUGAAAAUGCCCCUUUAAGUAUAUUUAACUUUUUGCCACUUAUAUUUAUUUAAAGUCAAGUAAUAUUUUCUUGGUCCCAAUAUUUUUUAAUGAACUCCUCUCAAGGUUUAUAUACCCCUGUGCAAUGAGACUGAUGCAGAUCCCCGACUUUCAGUCUGCCUAUAAUACCUUUUGGAACAAAGAAAAUUUUAUUGCUUUAAAAAGCUUUUAUACGAGACAGGCAAAUCCCUGAGUUCCAGGCCAGCGUUGGUAGCAAGUCAUUAGGAAACCUCAAGGUUCUGUCUUGUCUUUCUUUAACUGUGUACCCCUGGCUAUCCUGGAAAUCACAGCUCAGGCUGGCCUCAAACUCAGAUCUGCUUGCCUUCAACUCUGGAGUGCAGGGAGUUUGCCCCACCACUGCCCCAGUCAAGGUUCUUUUUUAACUGCUGACUGAAAAUGGAAUGAAAUUGGACCCAUAGAUACUGAUGGGAUGUCAGGUUUGGAAAGUAGCUAGAAUGUAGAUGGUGUGUUGACAAAUAAACCUCUUAGGUUACAAAGGAGUUUGGGGGGAAAAUUGAUUGUGAAAAUGAAAGUCCAGCCUAGCUCACCUGGCCUCCCUGCUCACCGACGUAGGCUUCAAUAAAGACUCACCAUGCCUCUA